AUGGGUUCCAUGGGGUAUCAGCCCAUGCCUUCCCCGCAUAAUCCUCCUCUUACAGCAAUCGUAAUCGGUGCCGGCCUCGGAGGAUGCGCCGCCGCCAUAGCGCUCCACCACCAUGGCCACAAAGUCCUUUGCGUACUCGACAAGGUGCGCGAGUUUGGACGGCUAGGUGACUCGCUUGGUCUCGGACAGAACGCGUUCAACCUACUCGAAAAAUGGGGCUGCGAAGUCGAUGAGAUCAAGCGCAUUGGCAACCAAGCACCCAACAUGACGAUCCGGCGCUGGCAGGACGGAAAAGAGCUGGCCGUGCAACCGCUCAUGGACAUGGCGGGCUACAUCGGGCACCGCGGAGACUACCACGACGUGUUCCUAGAGUGGGUCCGCCAACGAGGCAUCCCCAUCCGCAUGGGCAGCGAGGUAGUGCAGUACGAGGACCGCGAUCCGCAGCCGACCAUCACCCUGAAGAGCGGGGAGCAGCUCAGCGCCGACAUCAUCGUCGCCGUCGACGGCAUUAAGUCGCUCGCGCGGCCGCUCGUCCUCGGCAUGCGCGACGACCCCGUGUCCAGCGGGUACGCGUGUUUCCGGGCGUUCUUCCGGCCUACGCCCGAGCAGCGCGCGGAUCCGCGGCUGAAUAAGUAUAUGCGCGAGGACUGCGUGAACUUCUGGAUCGGCGCCGAUAUGCACAUGGUGCAGAAUACGCUGCGGGGCGGCGAGGAGUUCAACUGGAUACUGACGCAUAAAGACGAUGGCGAUGUGCCGGAGAGCUGGUUCCAGCCGGGCGAUAUGGAGGAGGUGAGGCGGUUGACCGAGACGCUGGAUCCGGAGAUUAGAGGUAUUGUGCAGCAGACGGAGAGCUGUCUCGAUUGGAAGAUUUGCUAUCGCAAGCCGCUGCCUACGUGGGUCUCACCGAACUCGCAUCGUAUCGCGCUGCUGGGCGAUAGCUGUCAUGCGCAUCUGCCCACUUCUGCGCAAGGAGCGAGCCAGGCGGUUGAGAGCGCGGGGUGUUUGGCUGUGUGUCUGGAUAGUAUUAAUGGCCCGGAGGAAGUCCGCAUCGCGACGCGCGCGUAUGAGAAGUUGAGGUUUCCGAGGACACGGCAGAGUCAGACGAAUGGGGAAGAUUUGCGGAAUCGGUGGCAUAGCGCGCUGAAGGGCGUGGAUGCGAAUAGGGAGAUUGAUCCGGAGGAGGUGAUGAUUAAGAACCGAUGGCUGUAUUCGUUCGAUGCGGAGGAGGAUGCGAGGCAGCGGUGGAAGGAUGUAAGGCGAGUCGUAGAAGAGGAGUUUCGCGCUGGGAAGAUCGAGCCGCUGUGCUAA